UACGAAUCGGUAGUGUGUGUUUUUGUUUUAUUUAGUGGCAUUCACUAAAUUUAGUGCCGUGUGUUGUUUGAAAGAAACAAAAAAGAUUAAUAUAACUAAAUAACGUUUAAAUUAAUGCAAUUUUACUAAAAUCAAAUAGAUUUCGGCUUUAUAAACAAACUAAAUUUAACGGAAUGCAAUACUAAAGAUUAAAAAUAAAUAGUGUUUAAUCAAUUAAUUUAACAAAAAAAAAGAAAAGUUACAAAAGAAAUAAGAAAAAAUUAAAAAAAAGAAUAUUGUUCUUUUUGUUCGUUCACCUACACUUGCAUACACGAUCCCGUAGAAUAUAGUAAAUAUAAUAAAAUAAAUACGACUAAAUAUAAGAGAUAAAGGGAGAACGACAGUGAGUGAGAGAGCUAGCGCGAGAGUCUCUGGCACAAAAGAGAGUGAUUUAAUGAAUAGUUUAAUAAAAACACGCGCAGUAAAAUAAGCAACGCGAGUUGACGGGAAAAAUUUAUAAAAAUUAUUAAUUAUUUGUUCGUAUUAUUUCAAGUGAUAAAAUCUAGAAAAACCAAUAAAAAAGUGAUAAUUUUUUUGAAAAAAAAAAAAAAAAAAAAUACAAAAAAAUAAAGAAAAUUGUAGUUGUUUUUAAAUAGAUUGUCCAUUAUCGCUUUAUACGUUCGUAUUUUUAUAAAAUAUUUAAUUUAUGGAUAAAUGAAAUCAGUUGUGAUAUAUUGGUUUUUUACAAAAUUAAAAACACGACAACCGCUUCAAUCAUCACAAUAACAUCAUUAAUAAACAUUGCUACUCAUAGGUGUCGCGCUGAUCGGCCCCGGCCUAAGGGGCCAUGACGCGGUGGCCCUUUAUCAUCUUACAAUUGCUCUCGGUGGCAGUAAUACUGGUUCCGGGUCUUAAUGUAGAGCGCGAUGAGAACAAUCGCACUAUUAUCAAUGUCGGCUAUCUAACCGCCUUAACGGGUGAGCUCAAAGAUAAGCAGGGUCUCGCUAUAUCCGGAGCUCUAACCAUGGCCUUGGAUGAGAUUAAUAGUGAUAACAACUUACUGCCCAAUGUCUCGUUAAAUCUACGCUGGAACGACACCAAAGGCGAUACCGUUUUAGCCACUAAAGCCAUAACGGAAAUGAUUUGUGACGGCAUUGCCAUGAUAUUUGGUCCUGAGGGUCACUGUUAUGUAGAAGCAAUUGUCACUCAGAGUCGUAACAUUCCAAUGAUAUCCUAUAAAUGUCCUGAAAACCGAGCCUCCGUCAUACCCACAUUUGCACGUACAGAACCACCGGAUACACAGGUAAUUAAGUCGGUCAUAUCGUUAUUGCGUUAUUAUGGCUGGAAAAAGUUUUCCAUAUUGCAUGAGGAAAGUUGGAGCAUGGUAGCCGAUUUGCUGAAACAAGAGGCCCAAAAAAAGAACAUGACCAUUAAUCACAAGGAAUCAUUUAUUGAUAAUAUGGCCAAAUGUUGUGAGGAAAUGUUGGCCUGUUGUCGUACGGGUUUCUGGUAUCAGAUUGUACAAAACACCAUGAAUCGUACACGCAUCUAUGUUUUCUUGGGAAGUGCUAAUGCUUUAGUGGAAUUUAUGGCCUCUAUGGACACAGCAAAUCUUUUUUCCAAAGGUGAAUACAUGGUGAUAUUUGUUGAUAUGAUGACCUACACGCCAAAAGAAGCCGAAAAAUAUUUGCGUAAACCGGAACACAUCGAGCAUAUGAAAAGUUGUGGCGAAACCGAUAAUCUAAUACAACGUGCCAGAAGUCUUCUAGUGGUUGCCUCCACCCCACCCACAGAUAGCUAUGAGGACUUCACCGCCAAAGUGAGAGAGUACAAUUUAAUGGAACCGUUUAAUUUCACAUUGCCAAACAUAUUUUUAAACAAUAAUUUUAUUAAGUUUGUUUCUAUAUAUGCCGCCUACCUCUAUGAUUCUGCCAAAUUGUAUGCCUGGGCUUUGGAUGAACUAUUGCGUAAUGCUUCAAAAACGCAAACUUUAACGGAUGAAGAAGUUUAUAAUAUAGCAAGAGAUGGUAGUAAAAUAAUUGAAACUAUUAUCAAAAAUGGAACCUAUAAGAGUGUUACUGGCGCCACCAUUAAAAUCGAUAAUAAUGGUGAUUCCGAGGGCAAUUUCUCUGUCUUAGCCUAUAAACCGUUUAAGUAUUCAUAUCGUGAGAAUCUUUCAUGUAAUUUUCAUAUGGUACCUGUGGCACAUUUUCAACAAGGAUCUGAUAUUCCAGAAUACAAACUCAUCAAUGGUUCUAUGCGUGUGGAUUGGCCUUCGGGUGGUGAUCGCCCGUUUGAUGAACCCAUGUGUGGUUUUGCCAAUGAAUUGUGUAAAAAGGAUGAUCGUCAUAUUACCUCUUUGGUGGCAGCUGGCAUUUUAGGUUUACUGCUCUUUUGUGCCGGUGUUGUAACUAUGAGUAUCUAUCGUAAAUGGAAGAUCGAAUUGGAAAUUGAAGGUCUUUUGUGGAAAAUUGAUAUAUCCGAAAUAAAGGGUUAUUCGGGCAAUGACAUUGUCUCAUCGCCCAGUAAGCUAAGUUUGGUUAGUGCCCAAUCAUUUGGCUCCCGCUGCUCAAAUCAAGUGUUUACAUCUACGGCACGUUUGCGCGGCGCUGUGGUACGUAUAAAAGAGCUGAAAUUUCCACGCAAAAAGGAUAUGUCAAGGGAAAUUAUGAAGGAAAUGCGUUUGUUGCGUGAAUUAAGACACGACAAUGUAAACAGUUUCACUGGAGCCUGUGUGGAGCCCAUGCGUAUAUUACUAGUCACUGAUUAUUGUGCCAAGGGCAGUUUGUAUGACAUCAUCGAGAAUGAAGAUAUCAAAUUGGAUGAUCUGUUUAUAGCUUCUCUCAUACAUGAUCUCAUUAAGGGUAUGAUUUAUUUACAUGAUUCGUCUUUGGUUUAUCAUGGUAAUCUCAAGUCUUCAAAUUGUGUGGUCACUUCAAGAUGGAUGCUACAGGUGACAGACUUUGGUUUGCAUGAUCUAAGACACUGUGCGGAAAGCGAGUCUAUAGGCGAACAUCAGCACUAUAGAAAUCAAUUUUGGAAAGCUCCCGAAAUUCUAAGAAAUCCUCAUGUAUAUGGCUCACAAAAGGGAGAUGUUUAUGCUUUUGCCAUAAUAAUGUAUGAAAUAUUUAGUCGUAAGGGUCCCUUUGGUCAAACACUUUUUGAGCCCAAGGAAAUUGUGGAUUUGGUUAAGAAGAAACCCAUCAAGGGCGAUGUGCCUUUUCGUCCAGAAUUGGAGUGCAUUAUAGAGGGUGAGCUGUGUCCUGAUUAUGUUUUAAGUUGUAUAACAGAUUGCUGGCAUGAAGAUCCAGAUGUGAGACCUGAUUUUCCCACCAUAAGAACCCGCCUGAAGAAAAUGCGUGGUGGUAAAACGAAAAACAUCAUGGAUCAAAUGAUGGAAAUGAUGGAGAAAUAUGCCAACAACUUGGAGGAUAUUGUUACCGAACGUACGCGUUUGUUGUGUGAAGAAAAGCGUAAAACUGAAGAUCUUUUGCAUCGUAUGUUGCCACAAUCUGUUGCCGAAAAGUUAACUAUGGGCUUGGGUGUGGAGCCUGUAUCCUAUGAUUUGGUCACCAUCUAUUUCAGCGACAUUGUUGGCUUUACAGCCAUGUCAGCCGAGAGCACUCCUCUGCAGGUGGUAAACUUUCUAAAUGAUCUCUAUACGGUAUUCGAUCGUAUCAUACGUGGCUACGAUGUGUAUAAAGUGGAAACAAUUGGUGAUGCCUACAUGGUGGUAUCAGGUUUGCCCAUUAAAAAUGGCGAUCGACAUGCUGGCGAAAUUGCUUCCAUGUCCUUGGAACUUUUACAGGCUGUGAAACAACAUAGAAUUGCCCAUCGACCAAAUGAGGUCUUAAAACUUCGUAUUGGCAUGCAUACGGGUCCGGUGGUGGCUGGUGUAGUGGGACUAACAAUGCCUCGCUACUGUCUUUUUGGUGACACGGUUAACACGGCCUCUCGUAUGGAGUCAAAUGGAGAGGCUUUAAAAAUACACAUAUCUAGUAAGUGUAAAGAUGCCUUAGAUAAGUUGGAAGGUGCCGACGUAGAGUCCAAUUAUAGUCUUCAGGGUUCAACAUAUCAGAUGGCGAGGGAAUCGCCGCGCUUAUCUACAAAACGCUACGAACGUCCAACAGCCAAUGGAGUGGGGAAUUUCCAAGGCAAUAGCAUACCAGAAUACAUGGGUGGCUACGGUGGCAGUGGAGCUACCGGCAGUGGAGUUUUAAAUGGUAGUAGUGGUGGUGGUGUUAACUCCGAUAAUAUAGCGGAGGCUUCACUGGCAUCGCACAGCACUCUGGAGCAUUCCGAAAUAAACUGUGAUAAUAACGGCGUGGGUGUAAAUGGCGGCAUUGGAUCGGCCUUUAGCUCAUCGCGCCUAUCUAGUCCCUCGCAGAAACCUUUGGCCAUGGUGCGCCCGCAUCGAAUUGUCAAUUCUCUCAACUCUACUCAGGAUAUGUAUGGAAGUGGUAUUAUUUUAGGAAGUACUGUGAUUGCUCACCAUAAUUUACGUGAAGCUAUAUCCCUUGAUCCCAUACCAUUUCAACUGCGCAAACGGCACGAGCCAAAGAUACUGCCGCCCUCAAAGUUGAGCAAAAAUAACUCGAGAUCUUUGGACACUGGAGUCUCAUUGAUAAACGAUAAUCCAAACGGUGAAACGGACGAAGACUUGGCUCAGGAUCAGAGAUACCAUGAAGCUACAAAUGAAACGAACAAUGUACCUGCUUUAGAGGAAUACGAGGGCGAUGAAGUGGGCUUACUGAUGUUAAGAGACAAUGGUGAUGUAAAUGCGCGGAGUUCAGCCACAAUUGUACCGGCUGGCUCCUCCCUGCUCAACAGGCGACGCAGUGGUGGUGGUUACUCCAUAGGUGGGGUUAGUGCUGGCACAGGAGUGUCCAUGCUGCCCUACAAGCACCUCAAUAACAAUUGUAAUGGCGGCAUGACCAUUGAAGAAGACGUGCAAUCACCUCUACUGCAAAGACAAGCUUCUCUGACGACACCCACCAGCAUGGAGAAAGCCAAACGAUGGCACUCCUUAGAGAAUAUAGAACAUCAUGCAGGCAACAGUGUUAGCUAUGCCGAAGACAUUGAUGGCCGCCAAGCCAGCAGCAGUUCCAACAAAUCGCAUGGCAAAAAAUCUUCUCGCAAUAACACUACCGGCGGCGAUUCGGGCAAUUCAUCGUCAAUUUUAGAUCGUUUAGUAAGUAUUUUCCAUGGGAAUGGAAAAAAGUCCAGUGAAGCUUCCCUCAGAAGAGUGGGUAUACUACCAAGUGCCGUUAGAGGGGUGCCCGGUUUUAGUGACAUUAGCGGUUCUUCAAGAGACCGAGAGAGCAUAGUUUAGUUAAAGGAAACAAAAUUCAUAAUACGUAUUGUAAGAGUAUGUUUGUUUUUAAUUUAAGAAAAGAAACAUUUUUCGUUUUGUAGAAUUGUGUCUAGUCACAGUCUCUAGACUAGUUUAUUAUUUUUAUUAAUAUAAUUAUUUAUAUGCUAAUUUUUUCUCCUCCUCCUCCUCAUCAAAAAAAAAAAGUAUCCCACACUUCUUGCAAAAAAGAAACUGAUU